AUGGUAUUGUCGCGAUAUUCUCUCCUCAAAUUAUUCAUUUUGAGUAUUUUACUUCUUGUGAUGGGAACCGUUGAUGUCGUUGGAAAAGCGGCGGUGGCCGAGGUUGACAUUGACGAUGAUGUGGGAAGGAAUGUUGUUGAAAUCGUUCAGGCACGUGGAUACUUCGUCGAAACUCACAAAGUGGUUACUGCGGACGACUACGUUUUGACCAUGUAUCGCUUGCCGAAGACGUACGAGGAAAGUCAAGCAGGAGCUGAACCUACUGCUGCCAAACCGGUCGCCUUACUGCAGCACGGUUUACUGGAUAGCAGCUUUACGUUUGUCAACAAUUUCCGCAACCAAAGCUUAGCUUUCGUUUUGGCGGAUGCAGGAUAUGACGUUUGGCUCGGCAAUAACCGCGGAACGACCUGGUCUCGGGAACAUUUAACCUACACUGAAGACGACGAUGAAUUCUGGGAAUUCAGUUGGGAGGAUAUGGGCAAGUAUGACCUUCCGGCAGAAAUCGAGUACGCACUGAAUAAAUCGGAAAGCACAACAUUGAGUUUCGUGGGUCAUUCCGAGGGAACCACACAGGCAUUUGUGGGUUUCUCCCUCGACCAACAACUCGCAAGAAAGGUAUCUUACUUCGCAGCGUUGGCCCCGGUCGCUUGGACUGGACACCUGACAGCGAAAAUCUUCAAGGGAAUGGCGGACGUUCAUCUCGAUAAAGUGUUUCAGGCUUUUGGUAUCUCGGAAUUCUCUGCUAAAAGCAAGUUUCUUCAAGAAAUGCUAGCUGGCUUUGCCUGUACCGUAGCCGAUGAACUUUGCGCCUCAGCGAUCGCCCUUGUUGCAGGUCCAUCGGUCAGUACGAAUACUUCACGCUUACCAGUUUACAUUUCGCAAACACCGGCAGGUACCUCAGUUAAGAACAUGGCCCAUUACGCACAAAACAUUCGUGACGACACUUUUGCGCCGUAUGACUACGGCUGCAAGUGCAAGCGGGACUUUGGUAUUGACAAGUGCUCCGAGAACAAGUGCGAGAACAAGAAAGUGUACGGAAGCUUCGACCCGCCGGCGUUCCCUAUCGAAAAAAUGGUGUUUCCAAGAACAGGUCUCUUUAUCGGAUCUGCAGACACCAUUGCGACGGCAACGGAUAUCGAGAAACUCCGCGACGCGCUUCCGUCGGGUACUAUCGUCCACGAACUUGCAGUUAAGGAGUACAGCCAUUUGGAUCUUGUAUGGGCGUACAAUGCCAACGAAAAGAUAUACGAGGACUUGCUCGCACAGCUGGAAGAGCACCAGGGUGUUGGAUAUACAACCAUACCGGAACCGACAGAUUCCGGUAGCGUUGGAUCACUGACAGAUGACGUUAUCGAGUCAAGGACUUCGCUCUCAUUCCGCCAACUAGAUUAG